AACUUUGUAAGAGGAGUGAUGUCUCCACUUCUUCAACUGCAGCUCACUCCUCUGACUUCUGCUCCAGUCAGUCUACUGAAACUCCUCUCAAUCAGGUCAACUGGCUAUUCUGAGGUGAUAGUUGUCGUUGGAGGCUGUGAACGAGUUGGAGGAUUUAAUCUUCCAUACACUGAGUGCUAUGAUCCUGUGACAGGAGAGUGGAAGUCUUUGGCUAAGCUUCCAGAAUUUACCAAAUCAGAGUAUGCAGUCUGUGCUCUAAGGAAUGACAUUCUUGUUUCAGGUGGAAGAAUCAAUGGCCGUGAUGUCUGGAUUUAUAACUCACAGUUAAAUAUUUGGAUCAGAGUUGCUUCUCUAAAUAAAGGCAGAUGGCGUCAUAAAAUGGCUGUCCUCCUUGGUAAAGUAUAUGUUGUUGGAGGCUAUGAUGGGCAAAACAGACUUAGCAGCGUAGAAUGUUAUGAUUCCUUUUCAAAUCGAUGGACUGAAGUUGCCCCCCUUAAGGAAGCAGUGAGUUCUCCUGCCGUGACUAGCUGUAUAGGCAAAUUGUUUGUGAUUGGUGGAGGACCUGAUGAUAAUACUUGUUCUGAUAAGGUUCAAUCUUAUGAUCCAGAAACCAAUUCUUGGCUACUUCGUGCAGCUAUCCCAAUUGCCAAGAGGUGUAUAACAGCCGUAUCCUUAAACAACCUGAUAUAUGUUGCUGGUGGACUGACCAAGGCAAUAUACUGUUAUGAUCCAGUUGAAGAUUACUGGAUGCAUGUACAGAAUACAUUCAGCCGACAGGAAAACUGUGGUAUGUCUGUAUGUAAUGGUAAAAUAUAUAUCCUGGGUGGAAGACGGGAAAAUGGAGAAGCCACAGACACUAUUCUCUGUUACGAUCCUGCAACAAGUAUCAUCACAGGGGUAGCUGCAAUGCCCAGGCCAGUGUCCUAUCAUGGAUGUGUGACUAUUCAUAGAUACAAUGAGAAAUGCUUUAAGCUCUAAAACCAGGAUACCUCACCCAAGAAGCCACAGCAAUCCAAGAUGAGAGGUUUUAAAAACUCCAGAGUGGGAACUUGACAUAUCUCCUUUUUGCAAUAUGCACAGAAAAGUAAAAAUAAUAAUUGUCGUGACUUUCUACCCAAAAUAUCAAUCUUUCAAACUGUAAUAAAGCCUUUUCUGUAAUUGGGGAAAAAAAUUCGUUGUUGUUGAAGGUAAUAGUGGUCUUUGCUUGGGCUUUGAGAGUGUACCUUUGUGAGUAUUUGUAAGAAACCUAUGUGGAGUAGGAAAUAAUGUCUGUCUGCAUACCUUUUAGGAAUUUGUGAAUGGUCUCUUCAUUUUUGUAUGUUUAUCCGUAAGACUGUAUAUUCCUUAUUUUGUCACAUAUGUGUGUGUGUGUGUAUAUAUAUAUAUAUAUACACACACAUAUAUAUAUAAAAUUGCAUGGCAAGUUUUCAUUCAGUUUGACUCAUAUAAUGCUUAGAAUACUUAGAAUCAUUCUAAGGUGGAAAAACCAGUUUUAAAAAUCUGUCACUAAAAAAGUACAUCCAAAUUGAUUAAUUUUCUUGUGGGUUUUUUUUUCUGUAAUUGAUAAAAACGUAAUGACGACAAUCUGAGUAUCAUAAAAUACUGAAUUGAAUUAUUAUGACUUCAUUCUUAGAAUUAUUUUCUUAUAUUAAAGGUAUUUUGGGGGGAGGAGAUACAAAAGCAAGUGCCCCUAAAAAGGAGAUUAAAAUUACAUGUUAGUUCCUAAGAAAAAAUCAUCUAAGACCAUUGAAGGGAAAAUGACCCCCUGUGGCUUUCAAAAGUAUUUAUAUAUCAUCUCUAAAUCCUCUAAGGGAUGCGCCUUUUCUUGAACAUGGCAGAAGAGUUGAAAUCCACUUUGCAAUAUUAUCUUGUGAAAAACAGGGACAUAUUUUCUCCUUAGCCCAGUAGGGUUUGACCUCAUUACUAUGGUGCUUUGGGUGAGGACCUCUUCCUGGUUAUCCUACUUUCUUGUGAACAGCUAAAAAUCCUGGGAGUCUCUAAUGUUAAGCUGCCCUUAAAGGAUAAAGCAGGGACCACCUGUCUCAGUGGGUCCAUAUUUCUUUUAAAAUGAGCUAUUUGAAGAAACUAACAGCAGUAGUUGCAGUCUUCUAAGAUAAAUCUUUCAUUUGGUACCCAUUGUGUAAAAUAUUGAUCAAUAUUCUCAAGCUUCUCUAUAUCAAAUUGCCUUUGUCUAGAUGUUUCAACUCCAGUUUAUAAAGCUUACUGGUUUUCAGAGAAGAGUGUAAAACUUUUUCUAAGGCAAAUGGAAUGGCAGGAACUAUAGCGUAAGUGAUUAUUGAUAUUCCUGGGUGGACAGAUAUAAUUUAAAACAUUUUAGGGAUGUUCUGGUAGCCUGCUGUAUUUCAACUUCCCCAGGCACUAUUGUUGUCUCACAUCAUAAUUAUAUACUUGCCAUAGGAGAAAUGAUGCAAAUAUGUGAUUAUAGUGUCACCAGAUUUCUGUUAAAACCAAGGUAGUAAUCAAAAACCUAACAUUGAUAAACUACUCUUUCUUCCUCAUUUUAGAAUGAUGCAAAGAUUUCAAAUAAACCUAUACAGCAUCAACUUUUAAUGCCUAGCUGGAAUCUGAAUUCUGAGGAAAACUCUAAAAAACUUAACAAAUCUUUAAGGAAUUUUAAUUUUUCAGAUCAUAAUUUGAAAUGAUGUAUACCUUUUUGUGAUAAUUAUCAAAGCAAUUCAGAAACCAGUUUUCUACCAUUUUAGUUGAAAGACAAUAGUAGAUACAAUUGGGAUACUUGUUUUAAUUUUAGAGUAAACUUCUACUUCUGCAUCAUACCUUUUGUAGAUAAUGGAACCUAUGUAGUUCAGAAAUUCUUUGUGGUAUGUGAGAAAAGUGUUUUGUAAAUGCUGAGAAUUAUACAAAUGAUACUUGUUAUUUUCAUGUGUAUUUGUGAGAUCAUGCCCAUCCAUAAAUAGACACUUCACAUAAAGAAGACUUUCUCACCAUAACCUGUAUUUUAGUACUUUCAUCUAUUAUAAAAGUAUUAACUAUUUACUUGUAUUUUGUUAUACAUUUAUUUUUAAUGUUCAGGUGUCUGUUGUAGUAAAUUUGAAAUGAAAUCCUAUAAAACAGAAUUUGUAUAAACAUGGACCUCAUGCCAAUAUUGUUUAAUUUUUUUCUCUACAUAAUUUAAAACUACAUAAAGUAGGCCACCAAGAACUUAGCUUGAAUCCUAUGAAAUUAAAGUAAUUUAAAGUUACCCAACUGAUAAUUUAAUUUUCUUUAAUUAUUUAUCUUCCUUUACUGAUUUUUGAUAAAUAAUGAUGUUAGCAUUGAUAAAGUAAUAAAGAAUUUUAGGGUAUAAUUAGUAUAUCAAAAAGGACUUAGCGACCAAAAUGGUGUCAGAUUAUAUUCAUAUUGUCAUCACAUAGUUGACAGAUUUUCUUUUGGUGGGUGAUGCUCGUAUAAGCCUUUGGGUUAGUAUGUAUGUAUAUAUUCAAUACAUGUGUGUAUAUAUGUAGAUAGAUGGUAUGUUCAUCUACACACAUACAUACAGACAUCAAGAAUUUUAUCAGUUUCUGAUCAGAAAAAGGCACAUAAAGUAAAAAUUAGUUGACCUUAUUAAAUUCAACUCCAGAAGUAUAUUUUUUUAAUUUGGGCAUUUCUAGAAUACUUUGCUACAUAUGAAAGUACAUGAUGAAUAUUAGUAUGAUGACUCAUAUACAGUCAGAAUCUGUAUAAUGCAUACAGUUUUACAAGAUCAGAAAACAAAUUGACGGGAGAUACAAGUUUGCUAAACCUAGCCAUUGAUAUACCUCAGUGGGGAAGGAAUUCAAAAGUAUUUUUUGUGGGUCAACAGAAAUGUUCAGUUUUUUUUUUCUCCAGGAACUUUAAUCAUUUUUCAUGUGUUCCUAUAUGUGAGUGAGCUAUAAAGUGGUCUUAAUUUUUACAACAAAAGGCCUUCUUCCUUUUCUACUCUAAUCUUCCCACUGACUUUACUGCAUAGGUAUGAAAUGGUAGCCUAUUGUAUCUUCAGUAAUCUUUUUUUUCCCUAGAUGACUGAAAUAUAGAUAUUUACUCCAUUUAAACCAGGUGUUAACAAGAAAAUGAUGUAAAUACUCAGGGAGGGUAUUAACUUGUCAUUUUUGCCUAAUUGGAUUGUUUAAAGUGCCAUAUCCAAGUAACUUUCAGUUUAUGAUUCUAGAGUAAAUUCAGUUUGGUAAAGGGGCUUCACACGUGGUGGUUAAACAUUCAUUUUUUUAUAUUUAGAAAGAUGAAAAUGUUUUGUGGACUGAUACAUUUUCUCUUAGUGAAUAUGAAUUGUUUAUGUAUCUCUACUGUCAUACCCUUUUUGAAAUGAAACUCAGGAAAAUUCAGAGGUUCAAUUAUACUACUUUUGUCAGUGUACAAACCAGGUGUGUUUUGUUUUGUUUUUUUCCUGUUGUCUGGAUAUGGCAAUAGAUUUUUUUUAAAAAGAAAUGCUGUGAGAACCCAUACAUGAAAAGAGAGGGUUGAAUCAUCAGUGUGUGCCUUUUGUUUCUUGAUAUUUGUAUGGGGAAAAGACAUCUUCUACUCCAGACUGUAUUUUCAAAGAGAGGAGAUUGCUGUUUAUGUGGUGCCAAGUGAUAAGAUAACGUCUCUUAAAGGCUUCCUGUGGACUGCCUUUAUUUUCCUAAACUCAAGACACCAGUUAACCUCAACAUAAUUUUGGCCUUUCUUAGAAUUUCUUGUGCAUUAUAUUGAAAACCAGGUUUACAUCACCUCACCCCAUUAUUCCUUUUAGUUAAAUAAAUUCACCAUACCAAGAAACCAGAAUGGGGCAAUUUGGUUGGCCUUUAAGGCAGUAGGUUUGACUAGCUAGCUAUACUUACUGUCACAUCUAAUGCUAGUCAUCGGAAGCCGCUUGAGCCAGGAGUGUGAAUUGAUAAUUCCAGAGACAGUUUCAACAUACUUCAGACUUUUUAAAAAUGUUUUUUAUGAAUGUUUUACAUUUGUGUGAUUGCCUUAGAUAUUAAAUUUUUGUAGUGCUAAAGAUCAUCAUUAAAAAAUGUUUUGAAUACCAGUAGUUAUAACUUAUUUUAUAUAUUGUCCCAAAGAAAAGAAUUUGUUAUUUUUUUAAGAAUUCGUUUUAAUGUUUUCAAAAUAACUGCAUCUGAAUUUGUUUAUGUGCCUUAAGUUCUCUAGUGCUAUUUCAACUUUUUUUUCAAUCUAAAUAAAGCUUACCUUAGAUAAGUUUCUUACUUGUUUCCUAUAGAGUAAAUUUCCCUUCUUGAAUUUUUUAAUGAGCACCAGCCUUGUGGUUGCUUGGCAGAAAGAAAAUGUUAAGAAAGGUUGUUGGGUGUUUGGAGUUUUAUUAUAUUG